CUUGCAGGCGGCGUGUUCUCAGCCCUACUGCACAACGCCUCGUCGGGCAGCACCGUGGCGUUGAACGCCGUCCCGGGCCGUGGCUUCUCCCCGCACUACGGGCUCCCCGUGGCCCUGCCGGGCCUGCGCCUGCUGCACCGGCACUUCGGCCGCCUGGCCUGGCCGCGCCUGCUGGAGGGGCCGGCGGCGCUGGCGGAGAGAGGCUUCCGUGUGGACCAGGAGCUGGCUGCGGCCCUGCAGGAGAGCGCGGGCGCGGUAAAGGCCUCAGGCCUCUGCAGCCUCUUCUGCGACGGGGCCGGCGAGCUGAAGGGCCAGGGCGCGCUGGUCUCCCACCCCCGGCUGGCGGCCCUGCUCCGGGCGGUGGCGUCAGGGGACGAGGCCCUGCCCCAGGCCCUGGCCCCGGACCUGCCCCCUGCCGAGCGGGAGCCCUUCCUGCAGGCCAUGGGGGACGUGGGGCUGGCGCUGCAGAGCCCCCUGGCCAUGCAGCUGGGCGACACCUGGCUGUAUGGAGCCCCGGCCCCCGCCGCCGGCAGCUUGCUGGCCAGCGUCCUCGAGGAGGUGCGGGCAGCCGAGCCCCGGGACGCGCCUGAUCCCUGCCUGAGGGCCCUGAGCGCGGCCUGGCGUGGCUACUCCCGGGGGCUUGGGGGGGCCGUGGGUGGGGGCCCCUCACCCCGGCCCCCUCGCCCUGCCAGGGCCCCCUCGCCCGUGGGCAGCCACCUGGCAGUGGCAGACAGCCAGGGGAACCUGCUGCUGCUCUCGGCCUCUCUCAACAGCUCCUUCGGCUCCAAAUUCCUGGCGCCCGCCUCGGGCAUCCUCGUGAGUGACCUGACAGCGCCCGCGGGGCCUGGCCUGCUCUCCUGGGCCUGCCCCGUGGUGCUGAGCCUGGGGGAAGAGGGGACAGUGGUGGGGCUGGGGGCCACAGGGGGCAGUGCGGCCCCACUGGCCCUGGCCCAGGCCAUUAUAAACCAGGUGUACCUGGGGCAGCCCCUGCAGGAGGCGCUGGAGAGCCCAUGGCUGCAGCUCAGGGGCGGGGGGGACGGGGCCUCCCAGGGCUGUGGGCCGGGCACCCAGUCAAAUGUGUCCAGUGGCGAGUGGGCUGGGGGGGCCCCACAGGCGGGCCCCUGGGUGCUGCAGGUGGCAUCACAGGGUGAGCACGCACGUGCCUUCGCUGCCCCGGCCGCGUGCUGCCAUCACGAGGGGUAUUAG